AUGUUCAUGGAACAAACCGAAGAGUCCCAUUUCAAGGAUUGGAAACUUGUCGCUCCUUCCAAGAAGAACUUUAGCCCCGCGGGCGUGUCCGACACCGCGGAUGUUCCCGACCCCGCAGCUACCGGUAACGCGCGACAGCCAAAAGACGAGCUGGAAGACGAGCUAGAGGGCAUUGGAGGUUCCGAUCCCCUCACAGACCCUGCGGCUUCACAAGACUGGAGGGACGGACCUCCACUAGAAAGCUUUGCAGGGAAACGUACAUGGACACGAUCUUCAGGGCUGUCAGGUUUGAACGCGCCUUGGGUAAGGAUGGGUACGCUCGGCAUCGCCGCAAACCUCUUGGGGAGUGCCUUUAUAUCGCAACUCAUCAGUGCCAUGUCGCCCAAGACCACUGGAACAAUCGGGAGCUUGUUGUUCACCCUCGGUUGGGCCCUCAUUCUAGCUGAAGGCGGGAGAAUGUUCAUGUACCUCGGAGUGUUCUGCUUAGGAUUGGUCUUCUGCUUCACCCUCUCCGCACACCUGCAGUUAUCCAGAUGGUUCAGUCCCGCCUCAAACUUGGUGUUCGAUCUACUCUCGGUGACAUGCGACCUUUCAACACUCGUUCCCUGGUUCCUCUUGACCACGUUCUAUCCCGAAUCGCAACCUCACAGCCCCCUUUACGUCCAGGUGUACUCUCAGAGCCUGAUCUCUUCCCCGCUGCAAGAUUCUGACAGCAAGAUAUAUUCUGGCGGCCUGGUGGGCCAGAUGGAUUCUACCGGAGGCCCAGCACUGGAGCCAGAUAUGUGGAGUCGAGUGAUGGAGGUUUUCUUUGGCAUCCAAUGGAGUUCAGGGCGAUGUAUCCUUAUCGGCGCCAUGUUAUUGGUGUCCUUGGUUCAUUUCUUCAUGUUGCCAAAGCGGUCGUUUGAGCAACUACUCAGCAUGGACGAGAGGCGGCAGCUCAGGAAUCAGCCGGCUCGAGAAGGCCGGUUCUCCUCCUGUAUGGUACGCAUGCGGGUGUUCAGACGUAUGGCCGAGAAGUACUAUUCAGGGCCAGUGAACAAGCAUUACCACCAAUCAUUAGCAUCGAAUGUUAGUAGCCUAAUCUACUGGAUGCUGCUGAUCUCGUUCUGCGUGAGAAUCGUGGUGAAAGUGCACAUGCUCGUGGCCUUCCCAGUGAUCUAUGCCGAGUUGGCGCCAUUCUGGGUCUGGAUUAACGCCUUCAGCUUCCUCGGGACCGUCCCAAUGGCGCGGAUAGCCGCCAAGACGACGCCGAUUUUCUUGAGUCGAAUGGUGACCCUGUUGCAACCUUUGGCACUACUUACGCUUCUUUACCCCUGCACGGCUUGCGGCUAUUUGGGGCUGCUAACUUGGCCUUUCUGGAACAACGUGCCUUUCUCGCACCUGUACCUCGCACUGCAGGAGUACCUGAACCCGCUCCACUUCCCUGUGCUCCAGUGCUUAUGUCUCUCAUGUGCUGCACUCUCCGUCUUGCUGUACCCUCUACUCCUGGCCGGUGUGUCGUCAGUCUUGGCGACCCGUAUACUUCUCGGUGUCUCGCUGGCGCUGCUGUGCUCGACAGUGCACGAGCGCUACUACGUACUCCAAGAACGACGCAGCUCGCGGGCCGCAUGGCGUCGUCGCAACAGACACCGAACGCGGGGAGCGUCCUUGAGCGACGACGACCGUCCUUCCGACGAACCGUUCCUCCUCAACCGGAUUAUUGCCCACAUUCCGGACUGGCUCCUGCCCCGAAACGACCUGUUCUGUGAACCAGGCUUCCCGGACGAAGGCCCCUCCGAUCCGGACCCUAGGGAGCACGACGAUGACGGCUACGAGGGAGCCGGUUAUGAUGGACUCGAACACGACCGAGCGGAAUACUCCGUACUCCUACCCGAUCAAGAUGACGCCGACGGAGGCUGGGAGGAUGAGGACAGCUCGCGGCUCCUAAGGGGCUCUCGGCGCAUUUCCGAUCUCGUCUACCACCCCGAACGCCAUCGCGAAGGCUCCGACGAGGAGGACGUGAUGAGUGCCGCCAGCGUCUCCCUCGACUUUACGGAAAGCGAGUACGAAGCGCCGGACGCUCAGGUUGUAGCCCAGCUGCACUGUGACAAACGCCGCGUCGGCGGCGUCCUCGCCGGGCUUGGCCUCGGCGCUGUCUCGCUGGGCAAGGCGGAUCUGGAGGGCGCGCUCGACGUCUUAAGCCUGCCCUCUCUGGUGCGCGGCACGGAGCCAGUGAGCGAGAACGACCUACAGCGGGCCUCCGCUAUCAUCAGGCGCGUCUCCAGAACCACAGACCGACGCCGGUCCAUCGGUUCGUCAGUUUCCAGUGCGCGCUUAGCGCCACACACACGUGUGCGACAAACAAAUAACGCGCUUUGGAACGAAGAACAAACGCCUCUCCAACCCAAACACCGCACCCCCUCACCUUCCCCGCCCUCACAACCCUCCCCCAACUUCCGACCGGAAUAUGACCCCGUCCCUCUCGCCUCUUGCUCGUCCAGCGAUGUCGAACCCAUACGGUGGAAUGACGCCCUCCGCUACCGAACCACCAGCUCAUCCAGCAACACCACCCAAAAGGAGAACCCACCAACUGACUCUGACGCGUCCAGUGAGCCACCGUCGCACUUCCCACCAUCGGCCACUGCUCCAAGGAUCACUCCCUCCACCACAAAAACUCCAGCACCCAGCCCUUCGCUACCGCCCAGCCCAAUGGUCACGGCCACUCCUGGUGGAUCGCCCGCGCCACCGGCAGGACGUAGCCCACCCAUUGCGACCAGCCCCUCACCGACGCCUCAUCCUCCUCCCGGACCUAGUCCUUCACUAGCGACUAGCCCAACGGUCACGGCCAGCCCUGCUGCAUCGCCCGCACAACCGGCAGGACGUAGCCCGUCGGUGGCGGCCAGCCCCUCACCGACGCCUCAUCCUUCUCCCGGACCUAGUCCUUCGUUAGCGACUAGCCCAGCGGUCACGGCCAGUCCUGCUACAUCGCCCGCGCCACCGGCAGGACGUAGCCCAUCCGUUGCGGCCAGCCCCUCACCGACGCCUCAUCCUUCUCCCGGCCUAGUCCUUCGCUAG